UGAGUCAGUUGCGUCCUCAGUAUGGAGGGGUUCGUAGCAGACGGCGUGUCAGCGCCUUUAGCUGGAAGAUGUGCUUUUUAUGUAGCAAAAAAGAAACGAUACUGCAAGAUGAUUGUUGGAAGUGGGAAAACCUUCUGCGGGGAACAUGCAAAUGCUGGUGAAGAAGAGAGUGAGAAAAAACGAAUACCCUGUCCUCUGGACCCCAAACACACUGUAUUUGAAGAUAAUUUGGCUAAACACCUGAAGAAAUGCAAUUCUAAGGAGAAACCAAAACCUAUUUAUUAUGUGAAGGAUAUCAAUGCAGGUUCUGCAAAUGAAGACGAACCAAUAGAGGAGAUAACCAUCGCUGAACGAUCCAAAGAGGAACUGGAAAAGUUGAUUGUGAAACUCAAAACUGCACUGAAAGGAGUAAAUACCAAACUGGUUGAAAAUAUACUCUCACAUUCUGCUCUACAUGAGCCUCUAAGUGACCCAAAGAAUGGAGAUUCUGCCUUUAAACACCUCAGACAACAGGCUUCAAUUCUUGGAAACAUGGAGGUUUUAGAACUGCUCAGCCCAAACAGAUGCUACAUAGAGUUUGGAGCAGGGAAGGGAAAACUCUCCCACUGGAUUCACAUCGCUCUUAAAGCAGCUGAAAAUGUCAAUUUUUUACUUGUGGAAAGGUCCAGUACUCGCUUUAAGGUAGAUGGCAAGCACAAAAAUGCAGGCUCGACGUUUGAUAGGCUUCAGGUUGAUAUUCAGCACCUUGAUUUAUCAAAGGUCCCUCUUCUGAGAAAAGAAGGACUUUCUAUUAUUGGUGUUGGGAAGCACCUGUGUGGUGCAGCAACAGAUCUGGCCCUUCGGUGUUUAUUUGAGCACAACUGCACCGACAAAGAUGAUGAACCUCCAACAAAGCGCGCAAAACUCCAUCAGAAUGAGGGUGCUGGUGAUUUUAUUAAGCCUGUUCCCUCUACCGAAGGCAGGGAAACUGGUGAAAGGCUCAUAGUGUCAGGAGUGGCCAUUGCUCUUUGCUGCCACCACCGUUGCGACUGGAGACACUACGUGGGAAAAGAGUUCUUCAGGCAGAGAGGUCUUGGACCGGAAGAGUUCGCUGCCUUUCAGCGCAUGUCGAGCUGGGCCACUUGUGGGAUGAGAAAAAUUGGCUCUCAGACAACAGAAAAACGAAGUGAACAUAAAACAGGGGAAGAGGAAGAACAUGAGAUGUGCGAGGAAGCUUUACCAGAUCCCCUCAAAGGUCUGAUGUCAGUUGAAGAUCGGGAACAAAUCGGACGGCUUUGUAAGCGUCUGAUUGACCAUGGCAGAGUGUAUUACCUUCAGCAAAAAGGCUUUGAAACCAGCCUGAAGUACUACACAAGCAGAGACAUUUCAUUGGAGAAUGUGUUACUAACUGCCGUUCCCGCAGCCAAUCAGAACAGAGAUGAAUCUCAACAGCCUUCUUAAACAAGACAAACUAGCACAAGUGCAGGACACAUAUGCUUCAUUUUAUUUGAUCGAUGUUUAUGGAUUUUAUUUUAGCUCAUCCACAAACAUUAGUUUUGACAUAUUAGCAGAAAGCAGCAACUCCAACAAACAGCAUAGACAAGACAUUUAAAAGACGUGAAGUGCUCUUCACAAAACGUAGGGGGAACAAAACUUGACAUGAUGGACCGGAAGAUCAAGACAGAAGCCAGCAUGCAAGUCACAAAGAAGAUCCGGUCUCUGACGCGCCUUCCAAAGUCACAUUUAGCACUAAUGUGAAAGUUUGGGAUCCUGCAAGAGACAUUUAAUACAAAAGUUGGUCUUUAAGAGGCUCUCAAGGCUUUAUUUUCAUGUUUGAUUAAUUAAUUAAACAAUUAACAAUUUAAAUAAAAAAAAAAGUUCUGUUACCAAUUAUGCACACAAUA